GCUCUAAAAAUGUCCAUGUAGUUAUGCUUAAAUUAAACCAAAUUACAGUGUUUUUGUUUUAGCCUUUGAUAUUUAAGAAUGUGUAAUAAUUGAGCUUCCAGUGAAGAAAAAAUACUUAAUAUGUAUGACACAUGGCCCUUUGUGAGUAUUUGCACUUAUAUAACACCAUGUCAAUUUAGGCUAAUCUCUCAAUCUAAGCUUUAUUCUCAUAAAUCUGAAUUAGUUCCCUGGUAUUUCUUAAAGCCUCCUGCAGCUGAAUGUAGAACUCAGUUCAUGGUGAUGAAAUUUGUAUUUCUGCAACAGACUGUAACUGCAGACAUGACUGGCACGCUGAAGAAAUUGUACCACAUAGUUGCUUUCGGCUGGUAUAUCUUUGUCAUUCAGUCUGUUUAUGCAAAACGAAAUUCAGAUAUACCACCUGGGAUGUUUGUUUAUGCCGGACCCUAGAAAUACCUCAAAUUUUUAAACCUGGUCUUACAGCUAGUGUUUUUUGGACUGGCAUCUGUGAAUGACCUUAAGCCUGUGGGGAAAGGCUCCAAAAUGUCACUUCUGUGCCUCUGCAAGGAUAUUAUUAUUGUUAUCUUUUAUUUUAAUUGUUUUAAGUUUGUAGUUCUGCUGUUUUGGCUGAUUUUUACCUAUGAUUGACAACUGGUCUAUCCAGCUUCAAUGGACCGCCUCUUCCCUCCAUGGAUGAAUCAUGCUAUGGACAGUCUUGUUCUCCCAAUCGUGUUUGGUAAGAUCCUGGUGGAGCCACAUAUCUAUCCUAAAAUAAAGAAUGGUUUGGCUGCUUUAGGAUUUGUUACUGCUGCUUACUUAGGAUGGGUGGUUUGGGUGUAUCUAACGGUGGGAAUCUGGGUUUACCCUAUACUGGGGAUGUUCAGCAGCUCAGGAUUGACCAAUCUUCUUUUUUUUAACAUGCUUGUGAUGGCGCUGCUGUACUUACUGGGACAAACUUUGAACCAUGAAGUUUGGGGGAAAAAACAUCCAAAAUUUACAAGAACAUGAUGACACAUGAUUCCUUUAAAGGUGUUCUGGUGAACUGGCCUCAUGAUUAUCUGAUAUGAACCAUUUCCAAGUGAUUUGAGUGGCGUCAGUGCAGAUGUCUGAUGCCACUCAUUU